AUGACUCCCAAGACCGACAAUGAGACACUUCUUUACUUCGCCUUUGGCUCCAACCUCAGCAGCACACAGAUGCGCGCCCGCUGCCCGGGCGCGGCGGCGACGGGCCUGGCGUUCCUGCCAGGCUACGACUUCAUCAUCAACGAGCGCGGAUACGCAAACGUGGCCCCGACGGCCGGCGACGGAAGCGGCGGCGGCGUGUACGGCGUCCUCUACCGGCUCGGCUCGCCCGCGGAGAAGAGGCGCCUCGACCAGUACGAGGGCGUGCCCUGGGCGUACGAGGACCUGGUGCUGGACGUCGAGCUGGUGGACGCAGCUGGGGCUAAGAGCACGGUGCAGGCGCUGGUGUACGUCGACCGGCUGCGGGUGAGCCCCGCGGCGCCGAAGGACGAGUACGUGGCGCGGAUGAACCUGGGCAUCGACGAGGCUACGGCCGAGUGGGGGCUGCCGGAUGAUUACGUACGUGAUGUUAUGAGGCGCUACAUACCUGCUCCCGCCGCCGCCGCUACCGCCGGCCCGGACGAGACGGCCGCGGCAGGUGGCUGA